AUGGCUUCCGGACAUAACUCAACCUUCUCCGCGUCCACCCAGUACCGUGUUUCGGGCGAGGGGCGCUCAUCAUUCAGUCAGGAUGGCACAUCUAUGGUGGGCGGGAGCUGUCCCGAUGGAAGACCCAGAUCUGUUAGAAACGGACGGUCAGGUUCCGGAGGAAGCAAUACUACGGGUGGCCGUGUAGGAUCGAUGGCGCCUUCAUUCGGUGGACCAGGGAGCUUCAGCUCUGAGCUCAAGAGCAUGGCGUCCAGGAGCACCACCCCCCGCCCCGAUGGCACAUAUACACGAAAAGCCAGUAGAUCAAUUGGUGAAGAUGAUCUACUACCCACGACAGAGGAACGCCAGGCCUAUAUUCGAGACAGAAUCGCGAGGGAGAUUAAGAUCAAGACUGGAACAGAAAAUAUGCUGGAGGCGUUAUUAGCAAAGCCCCCAAAACAAACAAAGGAGCAGCGUUUGAGGGUGGAGUCGGAGCUGAGCUCAUCAAAUCGCAAACUAGCUGAAUUACAACAUGAGCUGGAUGAGGAGAUAUUACGUGCGCAGGCGCCGUCCUCAACUCCCCCGCGCAGCCGCCUUUCGAACCUUUUCCGGGGUAGCCCUAUGCGGUCCCCAUCACGAAACAACAACCUUGUCGGACCCUUGGAUGAGACGCAGGAGGAAGAGGAGGAUGGAGACAUGGAGUCACCGACCUACGUUCUGACGGAAACACUUCAAUCGUUGGAGAUUGAAAAUAUGUCACCUGAUUUUUAUGUUGAGCGUGCGAAUAGCUUGGUAGAGCUCUUCAAACGAUACCCAACCUUGAAGUACGAUCUUGCAUGGUCUGUUUUUGGUCUGCGUGUGCAAGUCAUGCUUCUCAGCGAUAGCAAAGAAGUGGUGGCCGCUGGCUAUCGUUUGACUCGAUACGCCAUCGCAGAUCGAAAGUCACUGCAAACAAUUCGAUCACUGCACACUGAAGAACUUGUGAUUUUGUCACUUGUCAAGGAGAGUAAAGCCAGCAUCGAAAGAGAGCAAGCAUUGAAGUUUGUAAGAGCGUUUCUAGACGUCAAAGACGGUGUUAAAGAGAUAUCCCGAGCUAUCGUUCGCACAAUCGUCUCCAUAGCUGAGCAUCAUGAAGAUCGACUCCGGAACAUCUCAAUCAUGACGUUGGCGGAAAUUUUAGUUAAGGAUCCCAAGCUCGUGGCCUCUGCGGGUGGGUUUGCUGCUCUACACGAUUCUUUAGCGGAAGGCACAUUUGGUGCUUCGGAGAGUUUGAUCUCAAGCUUUUUGCACGUACUAGAUACCCCGCGCAGUCGCAAGUACCUACAGGGGAUUGAAUUGGAAGCCGUUUUGACUCCGUUCACCGACUCAUUGGCUGAUUCCCUACGCCAUGGACGGCUAAAAUCCGCUGCCCGUGCAAUCGCUGCGAUGCUGAAAACCUGGCCUGGCCUUGUUAUUCUAUCCAGACACGAUGCCCAACCUUUACGUUCCCUCCUUGAAUCGCUUCAAUAUCCUGAUCCACAAGCCCGGGAUCUUAUUAUGGAAUUGUUGUUUGAUGCAUUGCGAAUAAAGCCACCGUCAUGGUCAUCUUCCUUCCUUGCAGGGAGACGGCUCACGACCUAUGGUCGAGUCUCAAAUCUACGCUCUGAUACCGAAUUGAAACACCAACGCGUUUUUUCUGAUCAUGAUUCAACUAGAUUCGACCUCACUGCACAUUUUUCGACCCUUAUAUUGGCAGCUUUAGUUGCAGCAGGGUUACCCAAGGCACUCUCGCUUCUUAUCGAAGAUGAAACUGAUCCUGCCCUGAGGCGCAAAGCCACUCUCCUUCUAACCGAAGUACUGAAAUUGGCUCAUCAUUCACUGCCGUCAGAUAUAAGUGCCAAAUUGCAGGUUCUCCCUCAUCUGCUCCCUGCCGCAGUCCGAUUUGACACUGAGAAUCAUGAUGUAUCAACAUCUACCAUUUUUCAGAUCGAAAGUAUCAACCGAACAUUGGCACGCUCUGGAGCGGCCUCCAAUGGCGUGAGCCGUUAUAAUAUGGAGACAGAACUAUCGGCUUCGUUAAUGCCCGCUGACCAGGGCAAAGACAAGCUAAGCCCCGCGAUGGACGAGCAAACAUUCCGCAAUGCCAUUUUGGAAACGCAUGUCUUGAAUACCGUCAACUAUACCAAGUGGAAAUGGGAUCUAAUCCAUCGACUAGUCGAGGGCCCUUUGACAAAUUCCAAGCGAAUGGACGAAGCGAUUAAAGGCUCUAAGUUCAUGAAGCGCCUUAUUGGGUUCUACCGACCAUUUAAGUAUCGGUUUUCCAUUGUUUCAAACACAAAACCGAAUCAACGCUACGUUCGCACUGGCUGCGCGCUCAUGCGUACUCUGGUCCAAACUCCGGAAGGCACCAAGUACUUGGCCGAGAAUAAGUUCUUACGCCAGGUUGCCGAAUGCCUGGCGCAGUUGGAUCGCAUGAGUGGCUUGACUUCUGCUUCCCCACUUUUCUCGCGAGAGCAGAUGGCCAAUACGCUGAGCGGAGGCUACUUUGCCAUGUUAGGGGUAUUGAGUGCUGAUCAGAAUGGACUGCUCAUGAUGGAAAGGUGGCACAUGCCCAACAUGUUCUAUCACAUUAUUGAACUGCUGGAUCGAAAUGACCUGAUACAGACUCUUCUUGGAAACAUGGAUUACAGUCAAGAAAGCCACCUCCGAGUCAUCCUUUCAAAAGCGCUCACCAUUGGCUCAAAGGAGAUUCGUCUCUUUGCAACGAAAGUUCUUCGAAAGUACGCCGUGGGCGAUCUCGCUAUUUCACCAAAUGUGGCACUUGGCAAUGCUGAAUGGGUUGUCAAACUGCUUGUUACCCAAUUGUAUGACCCAGAUGUCACUGUCUGCCAAAUGGCUGUCAAGAUUCUUGAGGAGGCGUGCAACCAGCGUGAUUAUCUAGAGUUUGUGGUCAAGUGCCGCCCAUCCCUUGAUCACCUCGGUGAGAUUGGCGCUCCUCUUUUGCUGCGAUUUUUGUCAACCUCAGUUGGGUAUCAUUACUUGGAUGGUCUGGACUACAUCACACAAGAAAUGGAUGAUUGGUUCCUCGGUCGGAACGACUCAUAUGUGGGUCUCGUGGAAGCAGCUCUCUCUCGAGCCUAUGUUGAUCAACCAAGGCGCAACAGCUUUGCGCCAGAAGAUUUGGUCGACGUACAGGACAUCGGAGUUGUGCCUCCCCAUUUCUACAGAGAACUUGCUCGUACUGCAGAGGGAUGCAAACUGCUGGAACAGUCGGGGCAUUUCAACGAAUUCACCUGGACAAUCCGGGAUUUCCGCCUCGACGAGGAAGAUCACGAGGCUCUUCUCAAGGUUAAGGGAUGUCUCUGGGCUGUGGGUAAUGUUGGGUCAAUGGAGCUCGGUGCACAGUUCCUAGAAAGGGAAAUAGUUCACCGAAUUGUUGCAAUUGCCGAGAGUGCUGGGGUUUUGACUAUGCGAGGUACUGCUUUCUUUGUCCUGGGAUUGAUUUCUCGUAGUCGUCAUGGGUUGAAGGUGCUGCGAGGCUUGGGAUGGGAUUCAGCCAUUGAUCCGGAAGGCGACUCUCUGGGUCUCUGUCUUCCGACUGACUUCCGCAAGUUAUUCAGGAUUUCCUUCCCCGGUUUCAAUUUGGAAUCCAAACGUACACCCCAGGACAUUCUCAAGGCGGCCACCACAGACUCUGAUGCCGAGAAUCAAAAGAUUUUGAAGCUUAUGGUUGACCUUGGAAAUACUGUGCUGUCCAAGCGAUCUGCAUCAGACCUGCACACUCUUAAAUUAAAGCAGCCCGAACGAUUCCACCAAGUCCACAUCUUCCGCAAAACUCUUUGCAUCCUUGAAAGCCACCACUUCCGUUUACCUGCACGACGUUUUGCUCUUGAUCUAUUUGACAAGAGCGUGAUGCGACGUAUAGUUUUUGAUGAUGAUUCAGAAUCUGAUUCAGAGUCAGAUUCGUCUACAUAG